ACGUUCUUUAGGGUUCCAAUUAGAUUAAUUUUUUAACUUUUUCUUUUCUAACUUUUAAGUUCAGGGGUACAAAUGCAGGUUUGUUACAUAGGUAAACUUGUGUCUUGGGGGUUUUUUGUACAAAUUAUCUCAUCACCCAGAUAUUAAGCCUAGUACCCAUUAGUUAUUUUUUGUGAUCCUCUUCCUCCUCCCACCCUUUACCCUCUGAUAGGCCCCAGUGUGUGUUGUUCCCCUCUAUGUGUCCAUGUGUUCUCAUCAUUUAGCUUCUGCUUAUAUGUGAGAACAUUAGGUAUUUGGUUUUAUGUUCCUGCAUUAGUUUGCUAAGGAUAAUGGUCUCCAGCUCCAUCCAUGUCCGUCAAAGGACAAGAUCUCAUUCUUUUUUAUGGCUGCAUAGUAUUCCAUGGUGUAUAUGUACCACAUUUUCUUUAUCCAGUCUAUCACUGAUGGACAUUUAGGUUGAUUCCAUGUCUUUGCUCCAAUGACAGCUGGACCAGGGUCUUAUCAAAAGCAGCACAUUUCCUUAAUCCAGAGAAGUUCUCCUUAAUCCAGAGAAGCUUUUUCUUCAGAGAUAAGCAGGUUCAAUGGCUCAGCCUCAGGUUAUUUUUGCCUAGCAAAGGCACUAACAAAAACAUUUGCACUGGCAAAAUACUGGAUUUCUACAUGGUAUAUUGAGGAAAAUGUUAUCUGAGACUUAAGGACAAAAACCCAAAUAUUAUUUGGCAUAUCACCAAUUCACAAAUACCAAUUACCUGACUGACAAUUUAUUGCUAUAAUAAUCUGCAAAAUAAUGAAGUCACUAAAUUAGCUCUUUGCAAAAAAAAAAGUUUUAAUUAGCCACCUGUAAAGUGUUUAGCAAUUCUUACGCUGCUGAAGCAUAACUAAUUUUUUAUGAAUGGUUAUUUCUGGUGUUUUUGAAAGAUACUUCAUUUAAAUUUUUUCUCCAUAGUUUCUUUCAUUCUACAUGUAAAAAGAACAUCUUACUUAAACUCAAAUGGAUUAAAUUUACCAAAGGGUUGGCAAAAGUGAAAGGAGAGACUAGAAAAGAAAUGAUAUAUAACCCAGUGGCAAACAUAACAUUCAGGCAUUGUGAAUGUUUUAAAUGAUAUGUAUGUACAAACUAGCCCGGAAAAAUCUAAUUUCUACAAAUUGUAUGAGUUGUUAUUCAAAACCAGUUUCUGGUAAAUCAGUGACUGUGCAUCAAUCAGUAGAUUAACUGCCAAAUCACCAAUUAUCGGUUCCUAUUUAUGACCCAUUAUAAAAUAAAGAUGGCAAUUAGAACCCAUUUGUAGCACAUCCAUUAGUUCCUUCUUAGGAACCCAAACAAUCACAAUGUCAUUAAAGUUGCUUUUUGUCUUUCUACUUCUUCUGUUAUUAUAUAAACUGCUCCAGAGUGCAAAGGUUGAUUUCAGAUGUUGAAAGCAAAAUAGUUGAUAUUUCUACUGAGAAAUUGGGAUUAUAUCAUCUUUUUUUCUAGGACUACUUUAAUUCCCAUAUUUGGAGUUCUUCCAUUACUGAUUAUUUCUACACCUCAGGAAUUCUCUUAGUAAUUUUUAUAUGUGCAGCUUCAAGACAAUCCUUAUUAGAUGGUCAUUUUACUUCCACUUUUGGUAUGACAUUCUUUCUUCCCAUGAUGUGUCAAUGACUCUAUGUAUCCUAUCAUUGGUGACACAAUCCCUUCUAUAACACUGGAUACUUACCAUCAGUAAUUAACUUAAUGUGUAGCUCAAUCACUAAUGUUAAAAGUUUAUCUUUUAAAAAUGACUAAAUUCAUAAAAUAAUGUCUAGGUGUUUUUUGACAAUCUGGUCCUAAGUGAUCUUUUUCUUUUUCACAGAGAAAUGGGGGAAAAUCAGACGAUGGUCACAGAGUUCCUCCUACUGGGAUUUCUCCUGGGCCCAAGGAUUCAGAUGCUCCUCUUUGGGCUCUUCUCCCUGUUCUACGUCUUCACCCUGCUGGGGAACGGGGCCAUCCUGGGGCUCAUCUCACUGGACUCCAGACUGCACACCCCCAUGUACUUCUUCCUCUCACACCUGGCCAUCGUCGACAUCACCUACGCCUGCAACACGGUGCCCCAGAUGCUGGUGAACCUCCUGCAUCCAGCCAAGCCCAUCUCCUUUGCUGGCUGCAUGACGCAGACCUUUCUCUGUUUGAGUUUUGGACAUAGUGAAUGUCUCCUGCUGGUAGUAAUGUCCUACGAUCGUUACGUGGCCAUCUGCCACCCUCUCCGAUAUUCCGUCAUCAUGACCUGGAGAGUCUGCAUCACCCUGGCCAUCACUUCCUGGAUGUGUGGCUCCCUCCUGGCUCUGGUCCAUGUGGUUCUCAUCCUAAGAUUGCCCUUCUGUGGGCCUCAUGAAAUCAACCACUUCUUCUGUGAAAUCCUGUCUGUCCUCAGGCUGGCCUGUGCUGACACCCGGCUCAACCAGGUGGUCAUUUUUGCAGCCUGCGUGUUCUUCCUGGUGGGGCCGCCCAGCCUGGUGCUGUUCUCCUAUUCGCGCAUCCUGGCGGCCAUCUUGAGGAUCCAGUCUGGGGAGGGCCGCAGAAAGGCCUUCUCCACCUGCUCCUCCCACCUCUGCGUGGUGGGGCUUUUCUUUGGCAGUGCCAUCAUCAUGUACAUGGCCCCCAAGUCCCGCCAUCCUGAGGAGCAGCAGAAGGUCUUUUUUCUAUUUUACAGUUUUUUUAACCCAACACUGAACCCCCUGAUUUACAGCCUGAGGAACGCAGAGGUCAAGGGUGCCCUGAGGAGAGCACUGUGCACGGAAAGUCAUUCCUAACUGGUGUGACAUUUGACUCUCCCUCCUCAGUCAUCUCCGGGAAUCUUGGUACCAAAUACCACCUAAGUUCACUACCCUCUUUAUACCUGAGACUGAAUGAACCAAGAAACUCUGCAAAGCAUUCAUUUUUCCUGCCUGGGAAGUAUUUAGUUUUUGAUGCAUUUGUUAUACUUAACAUUUUUUAAUUCAUCCGCUUAUUGAGUUGAGAAUGUUGGGGAAAGAUUUAUUUUGUACACUGCUAUGAGUCCAGAAGUUUAAAACGGACACUCCACCUGUGACUUAGUCAGGUAUGCUCAGUAGUAGAGGAAUAGCAGUUAUUACCAGAUAGAGUCAUACCUAUAAAAACUUUUUAAAAAUACAGCCACAGGCAGAGACUCCAGAACCCAUUGAUACCUCUGUCCAUUUUCAUCCUCAUUUGGAUGUUUCCCCUCAAUUGUACUUCCUCUCUUAUAAGCAGUAAAUGUACCUAAAUGCCUACUUCAGCUUGGAGGGAAAUUGAUUUUUAUAAAAUCCUACAAACUGUCUGACAAUUUCUGUUGUCAGAGAGAGUGAAUCCAUAAACAUUCAGCUGGCAAUCCGAAGCAAUUACACAACAAAAUCCAUUUUCCAACCUGCCCUGAGAUUGUGAUGGUCAUUUGUUUCUACUCUUCUCACCUCCUCCAGGGGACUGUCUAUGGUUCUGAAUAAGCACAUGCUGUUCACUUAGAGGAAGUUAGUAAGUACCACCACACAA